UCCUUGUGAGGACAGUAGGUAGUUGGGAACUUCAUGCUAAGGACAAAGUGGUUAUUGUAUUAUUUGCACUGGUGGUUGAACCCAGAGGGACAGACAAGCAUUGUACCACAAAGCUACAUCUCCAUCCGCAGCUUCCAGAACAGCUGCCACGAAAGCCCAGCCGGCUCGCAUAACAUUACGUAACAUUUAUUUUUAAAGUGGACCGCGGUUCCUCCAGCCUGUGACGCACUGAACUGGCACAGUUCACCUGCUGGCACCUGCAACUUCACCAAGACCACAAGCUGGGGCGGCCUUUCUCGGAGGGGGGGGCUGUCCAGGUCCCCGGGAAUAACGUCCGCGGGCGUCAGACCCCACCGACAGACCCUGAGCAAGGGCUUGAGCCCCAGUGGACAAAGGGGAACAGCAGAGGCUAAGCGGGGCACCCCCGAAAGGGAGGGCAACCCUGGAGGGGCGGGACUGGUCGGUGACGCACUUCCGGUCGCGCCGCGGACCGUGCUGUGCAGGUGAGUGCGGCGUCGCUGCGGUCAGCGCUGUCCUGGCGGUCCACGCGCAGGGUCUCCCGCAGCCAGCCUUGCAGCCCAGCAGCUCUCGGCGCCCGCCGUGGCGAGUCCCGUGUCGCGGCCGCACACCAAGCCCGGAGCGCUUAGCAGGUGGCCGGCCGGAGAAGCUGUCACUGCAGCCAGAGGGUGACCGCGUUGUGGGGGCGAAGCGUCUCGAGGUGACAUCGCCCGUCUUCGGACGCGCUGCGGCCCUGCAGGCGCUCCAGCUCCAGCCCUUGAGAGGGAGACCAGGUGAUGGCAACCAUGAUCCCAUUGGUUUGGCCCCAGCCCCGUGUGAAAACGGCAUGCGGUUUCUCUGCUAUAAGAGAAGGCGGAUAUUCCCUAGUUUACUUCCUGGAGUUUCCCCUCCACUUUCCUUUGUUACUAAUUUUAUUCUCUUCACAAGCCCCCUCCCCAAGCCCUUAUUUUGCCCUCUGCCCCUCACUGAGGGCCUGAGCCAUGGAAUUGGCCCUAGGGCAGCAAGAACCUGUUGUUUCAGAAGUUGGUGACCUUUGAGGAUGUGGCUGUGUACUUCACCCGGAUGGAAUGGGAUAGUCUGUCCCCUGAACAGAGGGCGCUCUACAGGGAUGUUAUGCUGGAGAACUAUAGGAACUUGGCCUCCAUGGGAUUUCUACUAUUCAAACCUGCUGUGAUCUCACAGCUAGAAGAGGAAAAGGAUCUGGAGAACCUGUCCCAGCUGGCCACUGGAGCAGACUCCCAGGGCCUCUGGACUGACUAUACUGCUGUCCAGACUGGCAAUAAUUUGACAGAAGAAGUAUCUGAAGAAAAAAAGAAUACAGCAUUUGAGCUUCAGAAGGACUUUUCCCAGAAAACAAACCUUUCCAAAACUUCUGUUGUAGACCAGCGACAGGAAGUCCAGUUAAGGGGUAGUGUGACAGAGAAUAUCAGUGCCACUGAGGGAAGAGUUAAGACCAGCUCCAGGGGAGGGUAUUUCUGUAGCCAGACUCCAGAUGUGUCCCAGAAUCAUACCAACUCCACUGGAGAACAGUAUUCUGAUACCAAACUUACUAAGAAUGGAGAAAUUCCUACAGAAGAAAGAUCUUUGAAUCCCGAAGAAUUAGCAGAAACCUCUCAAGGUAGCUCUCAAGUUAGUGAGCAUCCAGAAAGCAGCACUGUGGAGAAGCCUUACCAGUGUACAGAAUGUGGCAAAGGCUUCAUUGUUAAAGCAAAAUUUGUUUGGCAUCAAAGACUUCAUAAUGGAGAGAAACCUUUCAAGUGUGUGGAGUGUGGGAAAUGCUUCAGCUAUAGUUCGCACUAUAUCACACACCAGACGAUCCACAGUGGAGAAAAGCCUUAUCAGUGUAAGGUGUGUGGAAAAGCCUUCAGUGUUAACGGAAGCCUAGUCAGACACCAGAGGAUACAUACAGGAGAGAAGCCCUAUCAGUGCCAGGAGUGUGGAACUGGCUUCGGCUGUAGUUCUGCAUACAUCACACACCAGAGAACCCACACUGGGGAGAAGCCUUACGAGUGUAGCGACUGUGGGAAAGCUUUCAAUGUUAAUGCAAAGUUAAUUCAGCAUCAAAGGAUUCAUACUGGAGAGAAGCCUUAUGAGUGUAAUGUGUGUGGGAAAGGCUUCAGGUGCAGCACCCAGCUUAGGCAGCAUCAGAGUAUACACACUGGAGAAAAACCACAUCGCUGCAGUGAGUGUGGAAAAGGCUUCACUAAAAACGCAAAACUCAUUCAGCAUCAGAGAGUCCACACAGGUGAGAAGCCCUAUGAGUGCAGCGAAUGUGGAAAGACUUUUAGUGCUAAAGGGAAGUUAAUCCAGCACCAGAGAAUCCACACGGGCGAGAGACCUUAUGAAUGUAAUGAGUGUGGGAAGUCCUUUCGGUGUAACUCCCAGCUUCGGCAGCAUCUGAGAAUCCAUACUGGGGAGAAGCCAUAUAAGUGCAGUGAAUGCGGAAAGGCCUUCAACGUUAAUGCAAAACUCAUGCAGCAUCGGCGAACUCACACAGGGGAGAAACCUUUUGAGUGUAAUGAAUGUGGGAAGUGCUUUACUUCUAAAAGAAACCUGCUUGAUCAUCAGCGAACCCAUACUGGAGAAAAGCCCUAUCAGUGUAAGGAAUGUGGCAAAGCUUUCAGUAUCAAUGCCAAGUUAACUAGGCAUCAACAAAUACAUACCAGGGAGAAACCUUUCAAGUGCAUGGAAUGCGAGAAGGCGUUCAGCUGCAGUUCUGACUAUAUUGUGCACCAGAGAAUCCACACUGGAGAGAAACCCUUCCAGUGCAGUGAGUGUGGGAAAGCCUUCCAUGUCAACGCUCACUUAAUUAGACACCAGAGGAGCCAUACUGGGGAAAAGCCUUUCCGAUGUGUCGAGUGUGGCAAAGGCUUCAGCCUUAGUUCUGACUGCAUCAUACACCAGACUGUGCAUACUUGGAAGAAGCCUUAUGUGUGUAAUAUAUGUGGGAAAACUUUCAGGUUUAGUUUCCAGCUUAGUCAGCAUCAAGAUGUUCAUAGUGAAGAAAAAUCCUAAUAUAUGAAGAAAACAGCACCAACCAACCAAACAAAACACUCCCGUGUUUAGUAGGAAAUGAUCAUGGCUCAUCAGUUAUUACUUGGAAUGAAACCAUCAGAGGGGAUGAAUAUGACAGUCUUCAUUUGGAAACUUUUUUUUCUGUUUUACUCUAUUUUUAAUCAAGAUUUAUACGAGCAGCUGAAAGUUAUAUCUAAAAUGACUUAGUUUUAUAUCAGUAACCAGUCAGGAAAUACAAUAAAAGAAAACAUCCUAUCCAACAGCAUUAGGAAACGUAGAUUUCUAGGAAUAAUUAUUUUGUAGGACUAGAGGAAAUUAUUCUCCACUGAGGGAAACCAAAGAAAACAGGCAAAAGGGGUGGAGAGAAAUUAUUUCUGCUCUUGACAAUAAGAGUGCAUAACACUUCCCUUAAAAAGGGUGGGGUAAACAUUUUUUAAAAAUUGUUUGAUAGAAGAAGUCUUAAAAAAAUAUCAGAUUCAGGGACUGGAGAGAUGGGUCAGCAGUUAAGAGCACUGGCUGCUCUUCCAAAGGUCCUAGUUCAAUCCCCAGCAACCACAUGGUGGCUCACAACCAUCUAUAGUAGGAUCUGAUGCCCUCUUCUGGCAUGCAGGAAUACAUGCAGAGCACUCAUACGUAAAAUAUAAAUAAAAAAAUAUUUCUAAAAGAAUCAGAACCAAAGUAGAGAUGAACGAUCAAAAAAAAAUUGGCAAAUGACUCAUUCAAAAAUAAACCCAUGUGUUUUGUUGUAAAUAAUUCCAAAUAAGUUUGAAAUGUAAAGCAUACACACAAAACUGGGAACGCCUUGUAAAAUUUGUGAUAUAAAGUGUACUAUCUAGUAUUCAGCUUUUAACAAAAGAUAACUUAAAAAUCAACAGUGGCAUUAAUAGGCUGUGCUUCAAAAUCAUGUUCUAAAGAAGUGCUCUGCUUUAGUAGUACCCCAAGGAGUAAAAAUUAGUGAAGACAUUUUUUUGCAUGUCACAUUGAGCAUAUGAUAUGCAUAUCCCCCCGAUACUAUGCAGCCCUCAGUGAUUAUAGAUGCUAUAUUCGCUAUAGACGCCUGUCACACAAGCAUAAAAUAUAUUUAACAAAAUAGCAUGUUAGAGUUCCAGUUUUGUAGUGCCUGAACUCUAUAAACAUGGCUAUGUCCUAAAGGUAUGUAUCUGCUUUGGAUUUCAACUCUGUGGUCUUGGGUUCCAUGAAAAUGUUGGAAUUCUUAUGAUACUCUUUGAAGUCUCUUACUCAUUAAAAAAAAUCUAAGCCAUUAAUAAGAUCACUUAAGCUGCCAAGAAGACAAGAAACCGUAUUUCUCCAUGUUGUCAACUGUUAAUGGGUAGCAAAGGAAAUGUUUUUCUACUCAAAACACCCUUACUACCAAAUAUCCGGUUUCCACACCAGUUUGGUUGCCUGCAGACACCAACUGGACGGCCUCCAAUUUAUAUCAGUUCACACACUACUCGUAGUACACAUCCUGCUGGUGCAAUGAGCUCAGUCUGAGAGGACUGCCUCUCACUCCCUCCUGCGUCUCCAGACACUGGUGAUGAGUCCUACAGUUCUGACUUGGUUACAAACUGAACACCGUCAGGUUCACAAUUUGCUGUAGUAGCUCACAGAACCUAGAGACAAUCUGCAGUUACCAUUUACAGAGUACGUGAACGUCACAUGAACUACCACAGGAAGAGAUACUUAGAGCAAGAUCCGCAGGGUUCUCACGUGCAGGCGCUUUCACCCACGUAGAGUUGGGAGUGCCUCAUCCCGCUGAGCCCCAUUGUUAGGGCUUUUAUGGCGAUUCCAGUAUGUACUCGUGAUUGAUGAAGUCCUUGACUGUUAGGAAGUUUUCCCUUUCAGAAGUCAACAGAGGUUGCUGAAAGUUCCAACUCUCUUAGCACAUGGUCGGCCCCUUUGACAACUAGCCCCAGUCCUGGAGCUAGCUAGAAGUCUCGUAAUAAGUCAGCUUAGCAUAAAGCGAUGACUUCAAGAGACUUACCUUAGGAGUAACAGAAGAUGGCCCCUCAGUUCAACUAGAAAACCAAAGGUUUUAGAAGCUCUUGUGCUGGAAACUGGAGAGAGAUCACACAAGCAGAAACCCAUUUACUUGAUUCAUAUUCCCCUAUGCCCAUAUGGGGAUUUUUGGUGGUUGUUUGUCUUUAGUUCAGCAGUAAGCAGGAUAAAAUGGAGACCCAGCAACAUGGAAGCUAUCAAUUCUGUGAACACAAACAUUAGGCAGUGCAGGGUGUCAGUGUUUUUCUUCCAUACAGUAGUUCUUUGCAGAAUGUCUUCAUCUGGAAGUUGUGUAACAGCUAGUGCGAUGGCUCAGCGGGUAAAGGCCAAGCCCGACCUGAGUUUCAAUCUCCAGAACCCAUGUGGUAGGAAGAACAGAACUCACGCACACAAGUUGUUCUCUGGUCUCUGUGCAUGCAUAAAAAUAAUUAAAUUUUAAAAACUGAAAUACCUAUAAUGAAAUUAAGCAUUUUGCUUGUUUGAAGUGUGCAAUUCGUCUUUACAAAUAAAUCUAGAAAAUUCAAAAGUU